CAGGUGUAUCACGUACUGCACGCGCGUGCCGUAAAGGACCGAAGUCAGCCGACCCCGAUCCCCGACUCACACGGUACGCGCUUCUCCUCCUCGCUUGCCGCCGCCGCCGCCGCCGCGAUGGAAAAGGAGAAGCUCUCGUUCUCCAUAUCCUCCUCGAAGCAGCGGCCCCCCAAGCCUCCCGCACGACCUGCGGCCGCCGCAGACGACGAUGACCUCCGCUCCGCGCCCGCUCCGGGCCAGCAGUACGUCACCGAGUUCGAUCCGUCCCAAACCCUAGCCGCCGCCUGCGCGGCGCGCGCCGUCAUCGCGCCGCUCCCCAACUCCGGCAACUUCCUCACCCACCGCCCACGCAAACCGUCCUCGCUCCCCACCCCUGAGGAGGAGGCCGCCCUCGCCGCGGAAUCCGGCGGCUGGGGCCCCGCCUUCGUCCUCGACACCUCGACCGCUCCCGAAGACCCAUCAUCCAAAAUCGGCUACGGCCUCACUCGCCGCAACGGCGCCAUCGACGCUGCUGCUGCCAAGGAACCGGAGAAGGCGCCGCCACCGUCACCGUCACCGCCUCGGGCCACUGAUGCUGCCUCCGCUGCCGGCAACCUCAUGCUGCAGCGGUACAAGGAGGACAUGGAAGGCCUUCCGGAGCACCGUGGAAUGGACGAGUUCAAUGAGAUACCCGUGGAGGGAUUUGGCGCGGCUCUCCUUGCUGGAUACGGCUGGACAGAAGGUAAGGGCAUUGGUAGGAACAAUAAGAUGGGGGAUACCAAAGUUCUUGAAUACCACCGCCGUGCUGGCACACAGGGGUUAGGGUACAACCCCUCUGAAGCAGACCCUAGGAAGACUCGUUCUGGCGACUGGAUUGUUGGCAAGAAGGUGUCAGAGGGCGGGAGUGCGAAGAGAGAUCGAGGCAGUAGAGAUAGGAUGGAAGAGAGCGAUUCUAGUGCCCAGAAGAAGAGAUAUAAUGAGGAAAGGUCUGAGAAGGAGGGCCGUGAAAAGGUGAGGAAUGGCCGUGGUAGCCGAGAAGGCACAAGUAAUGCAAGCGGUACUCAUAGCAAUGUACUGUGGUUGCAGAGCCAUAUCAGGGUUCGGAUUGUUAGUCAGAAACUAAGCAAGAGGCUAUACUUGAUGAAGGGUAAGGUUGUCGAUGUGGUGGGGCCUACAAAAUGUGACAUCAUGAUGGAUGAUGGAUCAGAGUUGGUGCAGGGGGUGGAGCAAGAUAUGCUUGAAACUGUACUUCCACGGACGAAUGGGCGGGUGCUUGUGCUUUAUGGGAAGCACAAGGGUUUAUAUGGGCACCUGGUAGAGAAGAAUUCCAAAGAAGAGAUCGGAUUGGUGGAGGAUGCAGAUACAAAAGAUAUUGUACGUGUUAGAUAUGAUCAGAUGGCAGAAUACACUGGAGAUCCAGAGUUGCUUGGCUACUGAUUAAGUUUUUUUGGGGGAGGAUAUGCUUACCGGGAGCCUUCUGCUAUGCUUGGUCUCCUGUUCGUCAGCUGAAGAUCAUACUUGCUGUGGAGCUUUUGAUCCCUUCAGAGGGACCAAGGAUUGGAGAGCACAUUUUCGGUUACACGGUCAGUACAUAAUCUAUUUAAAGGUUCAUUUGUCUCACUCUCACCAGUAUUUGUAAUCUGUCUAGCUGUCCUGAUUUAUAUUCGUCAAACUGUGCGAACAUAGUUUUUCAUAAAGACAGUGUUUGUAGCGAUUAAUGGUGUUGUCUGAAUGAACUCAUACAUGCAUUUUCUUCGAUCGUACCAGGAAUCGAAUGUUGCUGGUUAGAUUCAUUUAUGUUUUGUUCGUGCUCAUGGUGUCUUGUAGAAUAGAUAGAGUGUAUGCCUGUGUUCUCUUCGGAAAGUGUAUUUUGGUGCAACAACCCCUAUUUUUUGAACUCAGGUUGAUGCUUCUUUUUUUGAAUGUUCGCUACAUAUAAUGAAUAUGGGUUGGGUUUAGAAGGUGCUAGACAGAGACGGGAACACAGUUUGGGGGACAUACUAACCUGAGGGGGUACUAUUACAGAAUUCACAGAGAUAACUAAUAAACCAGUGGCCCUCUUCAUCAUCUUUCUCUUAUGCCUCCUUUGUCGCUUCUUCAUCCGCUGUGUUCUUUUCGGAAAUAAAGGGUUUAUUGCUCUUUCCACAAUUUACUGCUGUCACACAGUCCCAAUUUCCAUGCCAGCCACCUUUGACAUAAACCUUGUGGUUGAAUUUUUAUCCUGUGCAUUUUUUUGGCAUUUGCUCAAUGCAGCUCUUGUCCUCCCAAAAUUCUUUGUACAUUAAUAUUUGGUUGGACAAAAGGUACACUUCUUUUUCCCAAAAAACAAAUCUGUCAUACGUUAAUGUUUUAGGUCGCCUAUUUCAAUAGCUGGUUAUUAUAUUCUCCAUAAAUAGCAAAUUGAAUUCAGCAUCUUAGUCAGUUUGGCGAUAUAUAUAUAUAUAUAUAUAUAUAUAUAUAUAUAUAUAUAUAUAUAUAUAUAUAUAUAUAUAUAUAUAUAUAUAUAUAUAUAUAUAUAUAUAUAUAUAUAUAUAUAUAUAUAUAUAUAUAUCAGUUGGAGUAUUUUGUCAAAUAUCUGAAAUCUGAUAUUCUGAUUGUAAACGAUCUUUAGUAGAGUUGCAGUCAUUAGAGUUAGAGUCGAUUGGUAGCCUUGUAAGUUGAUUCUGGUUUGGUUUGUUUCCUGUGACUUAUGACCAAUGUCAAAAGAAUCAUCGAUCUAAUGGGUACAAUAAUCUAGGCACAGAUAAACCAAUGCCAUCUUCUUCGUGCACCCUCCUGCGGUUUGUCUUCGUUUGGACUUGUUGCUCUUUAAUUCUGCCUUUCCAUGUGUACAUAACAUGUGCAAUCUAUUUUGGUUUCUUCCUGACUGUACUAUCUGACCAGAGUCAAAUUCUUCACUUCAGCUUGUGUAUCUGCAUAUGUUUGAUAUAUGCUUGAUCAUGUUUAGGACAUUAGAACUGCAUGCUUGCUUGUCUUGUAUCAUUGUAUACGACCCUUAAAAUUCUGACUGAAAUGGAUGUUCUUUAAUAAAAACAUAAGCUGUCAAAGUUCCUUCGUAAAGAAUGUGUAAUAAACUAAUAAUGUUAUAUUCAGCCAACUGGAAAGGUUGGUUUUCUGCAAGUAUUCAUAUGUAGGGAUUCAUUUGCCCUUUGAACAUUUUUUUUGGAAGCUUUUGCCUGUUGCAACCUCUUGGUCACCCAGUUACUGAAAUCCAUUUUCAAUUUCCCCUCAAGUUUUGUCCUUUAAAAGUUGUGAUAGUAUAGGUAUUCAGUUAUUCAAAAUAGUAUACGUUUCAACGUAACAAAAGCAUAGCAGCCACACAGUGCACAGCACACCUAUAAUUUGUCAACGACCUACUAACCACAACUAGGGUGACAAUGGGCUCUAAAUUUUACACCAUAAGAUUUAAGGAUAUCAGAUUAGGAUUGGGCCCUAUUUCUAUUUAUUUUUGAACUAAAGUUUAUUUAGUACCCUACCAUUUUGUGAAGAAGCAUUUGGAUCGCGACUCAUUACCACAACAUACCAGUCUAUAGUUCGAGUACCGAUUACCAACAACAGCCUGCAUAGCAAUAUACUAUCGUGCUGACAUGUUUUGGGCAUCGACGUGUUUUUGGCAGCGACAUGUUUUGUGGCAUGAUUUGACAACAAUGCUUUGCGUGACCGAAGUGUUCAGUUUUAGACUCAGUUGUGAAAAACAACUGCUCUGUAGAGAAACUGUUUUUAUCUUCUUAUGAAUCAUAGACUAAUGUCCUUCUUUCAACUUUACUUGUCUUACGAUUUGCAUGACGUUAUCAGCUUAGAAAUCAAUGCUUCAUGGUAUAGCAGUCUGUCAUGUAUAUAGUUUAUUUGGUGCUCAGAAUAUCGCAUAUGUAGCCAGUAUAGGUUCAUUAGCGAGCUUCAUCGCUUCAUUGCACGUCGCUUAUUGAAAUGACUCGUUCAAGCUAGCUGCCAUUUUAUUUUCACGAUUCAACCAGCAACAUAGCUGUUUAUUUUCUGGGCAACUUACAUAAAAGCCUUUUUCGCCUUCCUCAGAUCUAGUGAGGACGCCAUCUAGACACAAAAGAAGGGAUCUUUUUCUUUUGUGCUGCUGGAAAAUAUGCAUUUGAUGCUUGUUUAUCUACUUCUAUCUUCAGUCUUGGUUGACGAAGCUCUGUGCUUUUGCGUAUCUUGCGAUAUUGUAUAGGACAUGUUCGCCUGCUUCUAUCUUAUCCUCAGCGGUUAUGCUUGUCUUGUGUAGCUGGAGCAUCUUGUUGAUCUCCAUGGACUUUGAGCCUUUGGUUGUACUAUUGGGACCCUAACAUAUUGUAUUGUAGCUUGCUUUUGACGACAGCCAGCUAGAAUGCCGAGUAGCUGUGAAACAUAAUCGUUCUGUGUAACAUAUGGAUAGACCGAAUUUUCUUGAACCUUGUAUGAAACCUAUGCUACGAUUCUACUCUGGUAUAUGUAAAUGUGUUAGCAGUUAUGUUUUUUUC